UGCUGUGUAGAUGCUCACAUUGUUAUUUUGGAAUAAUGGUGUAGUGCACCGUUAUAGACAGAGACUCCUGUUUAUCCACAUCUCUCUUUUCAUGGGAGUCAGUCUUUCCCACCUCACAAUCACGUUUUAAUUUUCCUCUCACUGCCACUGCCACAAAGCGUAAGUGCUCUAUGCUUCAUUGAGAAGAUGUCUCAAGUAGUGAAGUGAUAAAAUUCCCACAAAUUUUAUACAGUCACAGCAGGAUUUGGAUGCCAGUCAUUUUCUAUCAUUCAUUUUCAUACAUUUCAAGUGCUGAAGUAUAUUUUUUUGGAGCAGACACUUCUUUCUUAACUUAAAAAUGAACACUGCGCCAGCUUCAGAAAAUGGGCCAUAUUCCACAAACCACACAAGACCCUUUUUUUAUGCACAGCCAACAGCACAACAACCUUUCCCAAAUCCAUGGUAUCUCAGUAAUGUGUAUAAUCCAUACUGCGUUCCUGCACCUGGUUUCAGAGGUGGGAAUCCAUAUUUUCCAUUUUAUUCUGUUGCACUACAUGAGUACCCUGGAUAUCUUGUUCCACAACAUUCCAUGCAUGCAAGAGUUAACAGAAGACCUUAUUUUAAUGUUCCCCCACCCUCCCCUCUGUUUUAUCAUGCAACACGGUUUAGACAUUACAGUAGUCCUGGGAAAAAAACAGUGACCAGAGAGACACAGACUGAUCCUAGACAGCCUGAAAACAAAACAAAAAAGCAUCAGGAUCUCCGUACAGAAACGAAAGGCUGUGAACCAGGGAAUAUCACCUGUGUUUCUUCUGGCAUUGGUACAGACACUGAAAGUACUUCAAUGAAACAAGAUUCACCUGGAUCUUCAGUUGUGGUAGAAAGAAACUUUCAGAACAAGGGCUCUUCAAGCUCUGCACAAUAUAGAAACAUUCCUUCAGGAAGCUAUGCCUUUGAGAAAGAAGAGGUCCGAAUAGAGUAUGGAAAUGGCUCACCUGCAAUUCAGUUAUGGAAGUCCUUUAAGGAAACUAUUCCUCUGUAUGAUGUGGCAAGUAGUAAACCAGUUCCAGAGAAUAUCGUACAACGUGAUUUGUUUUCUGUUGGUUCUUGUGACGGAGUAAUAUAUAGCCCUCGUGAAGGGGAGGAGUUGGUGUCAUGCGCGUCCUAUUCAGAUGAGCGAAAAACUGCUCUUUCUUUGAAGAGGAGUGGUGAAGAAGGGCAGGAAAAAGAUGUCCAAAAUAAUGAAAUAAAACUAGAUGCACAAAAGCUGGGAAAUGCAAUCCAAAAGGCAAAAUCUCCUCUAGAUGAAGCCAGGGCAAUGCAAAUGGCUGAGUUGGCCAGGACUGUUAGUAAUGAUCAGCUAGUGGCAAGGCAGAACACACUGUCUAACAGAACUAGUUUGAAAAGAUCUGCUUCUUCAAAAACUUCUGAAGAGGAGGCUAACCUUGUCCAUAAAGUACAGUUAUCUCCAUCUGGUACAGAAAUAACAAAUAACUCAAAUCUACAGCAGAAAAAGGUAAAUCAGAGCCACAGUACAACCAAUGAAAGUCUGAUAACAUCGGAUAAAAGCUUAUGGUGUGAUGAAUCAGUUGAAAAGUAUGUUCCUUCUGACAGAUGGCUAGCUUGCGUGGAUGCCAUGGACACUAAUUACAACUACGAUAUCCCUUUGCCACAAAGGAAACGUCAAAGUGCACUCAGUCUGUCUUCUGAUGAAAUGUCUUCUAAAGAUGAAGAAUCAUCAAUUGAUGAUGUACCUGUGUCUUAUUUUGUCCCUGAUUAUGUGCUUAAGAACAUGUAUGCCUUUCAAAAAAGUACAGAGGGCCCAGAGACAGAGAAAAUUAAAAGUGGUGGCUCCCUUAAUGAAGAUGAAGUGGUGGGGAGGGAGCAGACCAAUGUUGUCAAUAGUCAGAACUUCAAAAGCUGUUCAAAAGUGAAGAUUAAAAAGAUGUCCAGCAGAGGUAGACAGAUUGGAGACCUCCCUAGAUCUUCCAGUCAGAAGAAAAUCUACUCCCUAAAGAAAAAAACUAAGAGUUUGUCUCUGUCAGAGGCUGAAGACUCUGAAGAAAAUGUGGUGGCAGAAGAAGAGGGGGAGGAGGAGGAGGAGGAAGACCCAGAUGAAGUUGAAUAUUUCUUUCAAGAAGCCCCUUUGUGUGGACCCUGGACUCCUGGUAAAGAUGGCUUCUAUCAACAGAUUGGCCAGAGGGUGCUUUGGCAACCACCUAAAAAUGCCAUACCGGCUCAGUUGAUUAGUUUGCCUGCUAGGGAGAAAAUUAAAAGAAGUGAAUUUGGAGAAAGCAUUGGUCUGGCUAAUAGAUCAAGGGAGAAGGAACAGGAUGAGAUUGUGUACAGUGAUUAUGAUUAUGGGUAUUAUGGAAAAAAGAGGCUUAUAGCAAAACAAGAAGGCUCUGACCACAGAACUUCACAGAAGUCUUCAAGAGUAAGGUUACUAAAAGAAAACAUGGGGAUGGCAGCUGAUGAGUACUGGAUUAGAAGUGGUGCUAAACCCAAGUUUGUCAGCCAGAUAAAUGGUAGUCUCUCACCCACAACCAAAAGCAAAGAACAAGGUUAUCUGCUUUUGGAUAAACCAAAGAAGAAAAGGAUUGGCAAACCCCCUUACAAACGUAGAGACACAAGAUGUGAGGCAGAAGACAUUGAAGUGUGGGAAAUGCCUAAACCCAGCGCGCACAAAGGGUGUGGAUCAAAGAGAUUUCUCUACAAAAGAAGAUAACUUAUUGCAAAAGCAAGGGGGGAAACCUGAUCAUUACAAAUGCUGGGGGAAGAACACAAAUUUACUGAGGUUGCAUGUCUCUUUAAAAAUGAGUCCAUAAUUAGAUCUUUGUAUAAAUAUCUUUCUAAGCUGCUAUGCACAGUUAAAGGGUAAGAAAUACCACUGUAAAGAGUUGAAGUACACUAUACAAAUAAAAUGAACACAUGAAAUAAAACACUCUAAAUUGCAAAUAAGCAUGCUUACUUAUUGCUUAAAAGCAAUAAAAUUAACCAAAUUGCACUGUUUUUGUCUUUCCUGAACACGGAAGCACAAGCCUAAGGUAAGGAAGGGUUGUCUGAACUAGCAAACGCUUAGACCAGUAAGUGCAACUGAUUAUCUUCUUAACUUGGUUUAAAGUCUGUGCUGUCUGCAAGUCUUGUAUGUAACCCUAAUUUCAAUGCUGCUUUGCAGAGGUCAAGACUUCAGGUAACUAAACUUCGGCUAUAUUCCGAGACCAAACAGUGCAGAUGACCUCUCAAAUACUCUUUUAGGAGUCCACUUAGGGCUUUCCCUGAGGUCCUCUCAGGUAGGGAAACUAGAUCUAGGAUAGUUGAAGGGUUAUUCUCAGUGGUGAAUACUAAUGACAAUACUCAGAAUUUAGCGCUUUUUUUUUCCUUUUCAGGUCUUGAACAAAAUGCAGUGGGGGGGGGGGAGGAAGGUGUGCGCUCCAUAUCCACUCACUUUUUAUGUAAUGAGCACUAAACAUAAAAUUUUGUCAGUUAUCCCUAGUACUCUAGUUUUAAGGGAUGACAACUGCAGGUGUCUUGGUGCUGUUGCAGCUACCCUGUCUCAUACAUUCAUUAUAUUUAACUCUGAAUUUGGGUACACAUGACCUGG